CAGGCCUUUCGUUGCCAGGCAUUUCUGGCAACGUUUCUGUUCCUAGAGCCAACUGACUUUUGUAGUCCUGUCUGGAAAUGAUCGAUGGAGCAUCAUCAGUUUUACAAGGGCCUCGCCUCUGAACGAGAGGGGAUAGCAGUUUCUGCAGUUGCUUUGCAGGACCAUAUAAUACACAGUCAUGAGCUCCAAGAUCUUUCGUUAGCAGAUCCUUUUAAGUCAAGGUCAAGGCACAACUUGAACAUUUACAGAUGUGUGAAGAAAGAGAUGGUCAAAGCAGUGGUAGAUACUGGGCUACAAAGAAUGAGCACUCAUCGGAAGAAUAAAGAAGAUGAUGAAAAGGAGUAUGUUCUUGAUCCCAGUCCUCCACGGCUAACGUUAGCUCAGAAAUUAGGACUAGUUGAGCCCCCUUCCCUGCCACUGACUGCUGAAGAAUGGGCAAAAAUAAAACAGAGAUCCAUACAGCAUGGAGAUUCCAUCCAGCCCUGUGCAAUAUGCAAGGAAGAGUUUGCGCUUCAGCCUCAGGUGUUGCUUUCAUGUUCCCAUGUAUUCCAUAAAGCAUGCCUGAAAGCCUUUGAAAAAUUUACGGGCAAAAAGUCUUGUCCUAUGUGCAGGAAAAAGCAGUAUCAGACCAGAGUGAUACAUGACGGGGCCCGCUUGUAUAAAAUAAAGUGUGCCAUCAGAAUUCAAGCCUCCUGGAGGGGAUACGUUGUUAGAAAAUGGUAUAAAGACUUGAGAAAAACAGUGCCUCCUAAAGACAGCAAACUAAGGAAGCAGUUUUUUGAGGAAAAGGUGCAACAGAUCAACAAUCGGCUGCUGAGUACUUAUGACAUAGACCUAGAUGAUUUUCUUUCCAAGAUAGAUUCUUCUAUAGCUGUGUGUCGGGGUGCAUUUCAGCAGCUGGAAGGAGAAGAAAUACUCCUCAGUGAAAACGACUGGGAGAAGAUCCAGAUGCAGGCAUUUCGGCAGGAGAUAGUUGACUGUCCUAUCUGCAUCAUGCCACUCAGCCCUACUGCUCACCCUGCCUGCAAACUGUUUUCACCGCAGACUGUUCUGCUUUCUUGUUCACAUUUAUUUCACCAUACCUGUCUUGAAGCGUUUGAAGAGUUUUCCUUGGGAUUGCAACACAUUUGCCCUUUGUGCCGCUCGUAUUACCAAAAGAAGGUCCUCAAGUGUUGAUAUCCACAGCUCAGUGAAGUACCUCCUAGCAGAACACAGAUGACAACGCAUGUGCAUCUUCCUAACUUGGGAACAUCUUAAGAUCCAGACCUUUCAAGUAAUUUUUUCCCCAUUAUCCUUUACCAUUGUGGUUUUAUGCCUGAUAUUUGGAAGCACAGACUCCCACUCACAAGAUCAGUACUGCCACUGGGGUCACUGCAAGAAACACAUUUUCCUUCAGCCAAGCUUGCCAACCAGAACCCCGGCUGCUGCUUCUGCUUGAACAACUGUGACCAAUUCCAGUUUGCUGUUUGCAAAUAAGAAAUGACCCUCAAAGACUGAGGAUCACUUCAGAACCUCUGAGAACUAUGGAACCAGUCAGCACUCACCUUUUUUCAGCAGGAAUAAAAAUAUGCUUAUGACUUUU